CUUCCUUGCAUUGCUAGGGUUGACAUCAAUAAGGUUUCGGAUGAAAUAGGAGAGACAAUCGAGCUACUUCAUUUCAGUCUUUUUUAGUUUUAUGUGCGUUGUGCUUCAUUUUCCUUCCUAAAAAGGAUACUUUUGGAUGUCCAAUGGCAUCAUCAGAUGAAGAGGGUGAGAUCAUCCCAGUGUGUGUUGAUAAUUAUUAUUUUAUUGAUGAUAAGUAUCAGCCUGUUUCACUUUCUAUUUUACCAUUACACAUGAGCAUGGAUGAGAUUAGAUGUGACUCGGGAACGACAAUAUACUUGCGUGGCACUGCUGAUGGUGGCCUUAAAGAAAUUUUUAAACAGAUUAUAGCUUGGAAAUUUGAGCUUUCCUCUGUGCAGCCUGAGAUUUCAGUACUUUCAAAAGACAAAGUUUGGAUAACUCUCCAAAGGCCUAGAGAAAGCUUUGAAAGUAUAAUUAGGACAUUCUUGGUCACAUUAUAUUGGCUGCAUUUUGUGAGAAGGAAUCCAGAAGAAUCCAGAAUAUCUGUUUGGAAAAACUUAAAAGAGGUCUUCAGCUCAUCUGAUGUUAAACCUUCUGAGAAUGACAUUCGAAAUCAUGUGUCAUUGAUUAGAGAGGCUGCUGAAAGAGACAAAGAUUUUGCAAAAUCUGAGUAUCUACUUACUUUCAUCAAAGAUCCAUGGUGUAAUGAAGUCUUCCGUGAGGAUCAUUCAAGAAGGAAAUCAAAAUUUAUAGUUGAUUCAGAAGAGGAUGCUGAUGAUUCUACUGGUGAAGAAUCCAAUGUUGAUGGAAAUCAUUAUGUUGGAUCUUAUGAUACUGUUUGUGCAAUUUGUGAUAAUGGUGGUGAAAUCCUUCCUUGUGAAGGGAAAUGCUUGAGGUCAUUCCAUGCAACCAUAGAUGCUGGUUUAUAUAUGUGUGAAUCUCUUGGCUACACUAGGGCUGAAGUUGAUGCCAUACCAAAGUUCUUCUGUGCAAAUUGUAAGUAUAAGCUUCACCAGUGCUUUGUUUGUGGCAAAUUGGGUUCGUCUGAUGAAUCUUCUAAUGCAGAGGUAUUCCGAUGCAUUGUUUCAACUUGUGGCCGUUAUUACCAUCCAGAAUGUGUUGCAGAGUUACUGUCCUUCGGUGUUGAUUCUGAAACAGAAGAAAUAAGAAAGAAUAUUGCUUCUGGGAAAUCAUUCAUGUGUCCUCUUCAUAAAUGUUCCUUGUGUAGGAAGGUUGAAGGCAAGAAUGUUCAUGACUUGCAGUUUGCAAUGUGCAGACGUUGCCCAAAGGCCUACCACAGGAAGUGCUUACCCAGCAGGGAGAUUACCUUUACGGGUAUUGACCAAAGAGCUUGGGAGGGUCUAUUGGAUGGUCGAAUUUUGAUGUACUGCAUGGAUCAUCAUAUAGUUAGGGAACUUGGGACUCCUAUUAGAAAUCAUCUAGUAUUUCCUGAUGAGGAAAGAAUAAAGAAUGAAGGCUCUUACAACUUACUAUUAAGCAAAGAGAAGGCUGCUACUUCAUCGAGGCAAGAAGAUAUUACUGCUAGAAAAACAAUCAUAAGUAUAAACUUGCCAGAACUGGUAACAGAGACAGGCGGUAGCAUUCGAAAUGGAGGUUCUGCAGAGAUUAUUGACAAGUGUUUCAGACAAGAUAUAAGUUUCUCAUCAAGAUCAAUUAGGUUUGAUGCAGCUAGGAAAUAUUUGAACGAUGAAAAGAGGUUUAUCCCUGGUAAUUCCUUUCAACCAGCUGAAAACAAGUCGCCCAUGAAAAAUGGUAACCUAACUUGUAGUCCAAGAUUACAUCCAGAUAGGUCUCCACAGCAGAAAUUGUCUGGUGGAAGAAUUGAUAAGAUCAUCCUGGAAAAAACUGUUGUGAAAAAAGCCAAAACUUCACAUCAGCUUGCCAACACUGAUAUGAGAAAACGAAUUUUGUCUUUGAUAGAAAGAUCUACAGCUGCAUUUAAAGAGGAAGAGUUCAAAAAGAGCCAGCUACUCUUGGUUACGAAUUCAUGUUUCUCAGAAACUGCAUUAGAUAAAAAUCUUACUGAAGGAAAAGUAGAGGGUUCAAUUAAGGCUAUUCAAACUGCCUUACAAAUGUUAGAAGGUGGAGGUGGAGGCUGUAUUGAGGAUGCUAAAGCUAUUUGUGAACCGGGGGUCCUCAAUCAACUUUUUAUUUGGCAGAGGCAGCUCAAGGUCUAUUUAGCUCCUUUUCUUCAUUGCAAGAGAUAUACUUCUUUUGGUCGCCAUUUUACAAAAUUCGACAAGCUUAAGGAGGUUGUUGAUAGGCUUCAUUGCUAUGUGCAAAGUGGUGAUACAAUUGUAGACUUUUGCUGUGGUUCUAAUGACUUCAGCUGUCUGAUGAAAUCAAAGCUGGAUCAGAUGGGGAAAUUCUGUUUAUUUAAAAACUACGAUAUCUUUCAAUCUAAGAAUGAUUUCUGUUUUGAGAAAAGAGAUUGGAUGAGUGUCAAUAUGGAAGAAUUGCCCAACGGUUCUCAACUGAUCAUGGGGCUAAAUCCUCCUUUUGGAGUCAAUGGUUUUCUUGCAAACAAAUUCAUUGACAAGGCACUUGAGUUUAAGCCAAAGCUACUGAUACUUAUUGUGCCAAAAGUAACUAAACGACUUGACCGAAAGAAAGUCGGAUAUAAUUUAAUUUGGGAGGAUGAUGAAGUGCUUUCUGGAAAGUCAUUUUAUCUGCCUGGAUCUGUUGACAUACACAAUAAGCAAAUGGAAGACUGGAACCUGAAGCCUCCGCCACUAUACCUCUGGAGCCACCCUGACUGGACGGCCCGGCACACAGAAAUAGCUCUGAGGCAUGGCCACAUCAAGGGACAGGAUGCAAGGCACAUGACAGGAUUGGGAUAUCAUGUAAACAACUACCUUAUGGAGGAGAAUCAUGAUUGUUAUCAGCAUUACUCUGGCUUGCAUGCACCUGAUGAUGUCUGCACCAUAUUGGAUGGUAUUCCAGAAGAUAAUGGCGAUGCUGCUUUGCCUGAUUUUGCAAGAGACAACAAUGGUGAGCUUUUUCCACCCAGAAUUGGCAUGAUGGGUUACAUUGUGAAGCCAAGGAAAUGAUAAAAGAUAUGGAAUUGUCAACUCCAUAGGUUGUCUCGGCACUAAUCUAUGCUCAAAAUGUUUUUGUUGAGUGUGAAAACAAUGGCCUAAAAAUUAUAUAACUUGGUAGUAGAAUUAAAUGGCGAAUUCAUCUUCAGUACAAAUAUUAGAUUAGCUGCUAUUAUCUAUAAGAGUACCAGCCUAACAUUCAGGAGUACUUGUACCUGCCUGUCAUCUGGUUCGGUGGGCUCUUAUGUUGGUACUCUCCCUUGAGUAGUUUCAUCUGUGAGAAACUUUAUCUUAUUCAUUAGAGCCUGUAAGUUAAAUAGUCUAAUUAUUUUAAAAUUGGUCAUUUAUUGA